AAUAUCUUUUAAAGGGUUAAUAAAGGCUCAAAAGGAAUUAAAAGGAAUGGGAGACUCAAUAGAAGAAGAUAAGGCAGCUUUUUUUAGGGAAAAAAAACGAGAAAAUUUGAAUAAAAAUGAAGAAAUAAUAAAAAACAAAGAGAUACCAUUAAAUAAGUAUAAUACCAAUAUUAAGGAAACAAAUGAAGAAGAUCGUGAGGGAAUGGAAGAAGGAAAAAUGUUAGAUAUGUCUAAGGAGGUCGAAACAGAUGUAAUAAUUGGCACACAAAGCAGUUUUUUAGAAAAAUCAAACGAUAUUUGUGAGAGUUAUAAAAAAUUUGAAAAUGAGUUUACAGAUGUAUGGAAAACAAUGGAAUAUGUCAUAUCAGAUGACGAAAUUACGGAGAAUAAUAAUUCGAAUUCAAAAACGUCAGAAGAUAACGAAUGGCAAAAGAUAAAUACAAGGGGAUAUACCAAAUUGAGUUUAGAUGAAGAUAGUUUAUCAGAUAUGUCAUUGAAUGAAAAAACGUCCUAUUUAUUUUCUCAAGAAAAUUUUAGAAAUGAUGAAACAACAAUUCCUUUACAAAUGGAAUUUAUAAAAGAUCUUCUUACAGAAGAACAAAGAAUAGCUUAUGUGAGUCUUUGUAGAUUAAUUUUCGUAGAAAUGAUUGGAGAAAUAUCAUUAUCUUUACAAAAAGGAAAUGGCAAUACGCUUGUGAAUGCCGUUCAGAGUAUGGAGUUUUGGGGCCAGAAGAUAUUAACAAGAUUGUAUUCUCAUAUGGAUAUUUCAUCAGAUGAGCAGGUAAUGAUUGAGCAAUUAUCAAAACAUGGUAUUGAAACAAGUGACAUUGCAUCUGUACUUAUGACAACAAUUCAAAUAAAUAAUUCUAUUAUUAAUGUUUCGGAAAAUUAUGAUAAUUUAAAUGAUGACAAAUCCCCAUUUUUUAUAUCCAAAGUUGAUGCAGACGAGAAUAAGUCACAUGUUGAUGAUGAAAAAGCUUUAAAAUUAGAUAUACGUUGGGCAAUUUUAUGCGAUCUUUUUCUUGUGCUAGUAGCAGAUUCUAUAUAUGAUUCUCGUUCAAGAUUUUUUUUAGAAAGAGUAGGAAAAGCUAUCUCUAUUUCUGCCUUAGAUAUUACAAUCUUUGAAAAAAAAAUUACAGAUGAAUUAAUUAUCCAGGAGAAUUUUGAGGCAUCUAAAAAUGAUCAAAAUAUUCUUAAAUUGAGAGAAAAAUCAUCGAGAAAUAAACGAUAUAUGCUUAUGGGUCUAGCAACUAUUAGUGGUGGUUUAAUAAUUGGACUUUCAUCAGGUAUAUUGGCACCUCUUAUCGGUGCAGGUUUAGGAGCAGCAUUUUCGACUAUUGGCGUUGCUGGAACUACAGGAUUUCUGGUGGGAACAGGGGGAACAGCUUUAAUAACUACGGGAGGAGUUGUUACCGGAAGUAGUAUUGCAGUUAAGAAAAUGUCUAACAGAGUUAAAAGUAUUAAAGUUUUUGAAUUUAAACCUCUUUAUGAUAACAAGCGCCUUAAUCUUUUAAUAACUGUUCCUGGUUGGAUGCUUAAAGAUGAUGACGUUAGGCUUCCAUUUUCCACUAUAGAUCCAAUCAUGGGUGAUGUUUAUUCGAUAUUAUGGGAGCCUGAAAUACUUCAGUCAGUAGGAAAAACCAUUAAUAUUAUUGCAACAGAGAUUUUGACACAAUCUUUACAACAGGUUCUUGGACAAACAGUUUUAGUUACUUUAAUGAGUGCUUUACAAUGGCCGCUUAUACUAACUAAAUUGGGCUAUUUAAUAGACAAUCCAUUUGUAACAUCUUUACAACGUGCUAAAUCUGCAGGUCUUGUAUUAGCAGAUAUUCUUCUUCAUCGAAAAUUAGGAGCUCGACCUAUUAGUCUAGUUGGUUUUUCAUUAGGCUCUCGAGUAAUAUAUUACUGUCUUUUAGAGCUAGCUAAAAAACAUGCAUAUGGCAUUAUUCAAGAUGUUUAUUUGUUUGGUACACCUGUUGUUAUUAAAGAGAACAAUUGGAUUUUGGCAUCAUCAGUUGUAGCGGGUCGAUUUAUCAAUGGUUAUAUUAAGAACGAUUGGAUUCUAGGAUAUUUAUUUCGAAUAACAUAUGGGGGAAUAGGACAUAUAGCUGGGCUACAAUCUAUUCAAAAAAUAUCUACUAUAGAAAAUAUUGAUGUAUCAGAUUUAGUUGACGGUCAUAUGAAUUAUCGUGAAGCAAUGCCAAAACUUAUGAAAAAAGUAGGAUGGCUUAUUGAAAGUGAAGAAUUUCAAGAAAUUGAAGUUCCUGAUCCGGACAAAUACAGGGAAAGACAAAAAGAACUUCUAGAAAGUAUAGAAAAAGCAAAAAAGGAUCCGAAAAAAUCCGAAAAAACAACUAAAAAUUCAUAUCUAAAAAAAUUUAAUUUAUUUGAAAAAAAACAAAAAAAUAUCAACUAUAAUUCUGACAAUGACAAGCCUAUUUCAUUCAAUUCAUUAAAUUGUUCUUCAAAUGCAUGUGAUUUAUUUUCCUCAAAUAUUAAAGAAAUGUAGGAAAGGUUAGAUUAUAAAAAUACUAGUAUCAAUCUUAAAAUUACU